CUCAGGCAAAACAUAUAAAAAAACAGCGGCCAUUUUGAAUAGACGUUUCAAAAAUUAAAACAACAUUUACAGCGCGUGAUAGUCUGUGAAGGAGUUAAGGUACUGUAAACAAAAACAACAUACAAUAUGUUGCUUCAAAUGCUGUUUGCUGGGUUUGUAAAUAUUUUGCUUGUGGGAGGCUCAGGCCCAAAAGACAAUGUCACUAAUGAAUCCGUGCAGAAAAAACCUGAAAAGUAUCGUAUCCCGUACCGAGGUGAGAUUCGCUAUGGAUGGAACCAAGAAGAUCUCAGUAAACCAGACCUCAGCAAAUAUAUCAGAAUUGAAGGAUCGGUACCAUCGUCAUCUUUGGGAUUUAUUGUUGAUUUGUGCAAAGACAAAAAGUGCGUCUCCGAUGUGACGUUUCGUCUCAAUAUUCGAUUGGACCUCAAGAAAUAUUUCUGUAUAACUAAAUUACAUAACGAUACCUACAUGGAAGAAACUGUCUGUGCAUCGGAUCAGCCUUUCCGAUUUUCGAACGGAAGACCAUUUGUUAUUGUUCUAUCUUUAUUACCACCAAUGAUUAAGGUUCAUGUCAAUGAUGCAUAUCUAUUAAAUAUUUCAUCCGCGAUAAAAGAUUUUAUGAACUUUAUCUCAAUCCGUGGACAAGUGAAGAUUGAAUGGAUCCUUUUUUCCGUAUGUAUAAAAAUUAGAUUUAAUGAAGCAUUUUAA